GGCCAUUAGUCGAUCCAAUUAAUCUAUAGUGUUAAAAAAUGUCAAGUUGAUAAAGACUUAGGUCUAGCCCAGUACAAAAUAGAAUAAGCCCACAAUGUAGCCGAAACAGUUUCUAUGACUCAUUUCAGCCAAUUGGCUCCCUCCAACCUCUCUGCAAAUGGGAUCAUCUUCUUCGUUUAACAGUAACAUUCCUUGGACCUCAGUUCCCUCCGUAGCCAAUAACUGCUUCAGAAAAAGCAUUCAAAAACCUUUCUCUAUACCUUCUACCCUUCCAAAACUCUUCUUCUUCAACAGGUUUGCUGCUACUAAUUCAGCGGCUUCUCAGGACAAUGAAGUCAUUACUCACGAAGAAUCCCAAAUUCCCACUAAUUACUCUGGACUCAAACUUGAAGAAACUGUUGAUGGAAAGACCAAAAAGCUGAGGCUGGAUCAAUGGGUUUCUUCUCGCAUUUUUGAUGGCGGUGUUAGCAGAGCCAGAGUUCAGUACAGCAUUCGUUCUGGUCUUGUUUCUGUCAAUGGCAGAGUCAUUACUAAGGUGAUUAGCUUGAUCUGGCCCCAUGCCCGUUAAGUGCUUGUUGAAAUUCUCGUUUCUCAUAUGGUGAGAUGCGGAGAUAAGGUUAAUUGUAAAAUAGCAGAGUUGCAGCCAUUGAGGGCUGAACCAGAAGAUAUACCAUUGGAUAUAGUUUAUGAAGAUGAACACGUAUUAGUAGUCAACAAGCCUGCUGAUAUGGUAGUUCAUCCAGCUCCUGGAAAUGCUUCCGGAACUCUAGUAAAUGGCAUUCUGUAUCAUUGCAGUCUUCCCACCAUGGUAUCUCUACCGCAACCAUCACCUGAAGAGGAUGUACUUUCUGAAGAGGACGACGACGAGGAGGUCAUAGCCUAUCCAUCCGAGGCAUCUGUUCGUCCUGGAAUUGUGCAUCGGUUGGACAAAGGUACUAGUGGAUUACUGGUUGUUGCAAAAGAUGCGCAUUCUCACGCUCAUUUGGCUGAACAAUUCAAGAAUCGCACCAUCAAGAGAGUGUACGUUAGCCUUACCUGCGGAGUUCCCUCACCUGAUUCUGGACGUGUCGAAAUCCCAAUUGGCCGCGAUUUGAACAAUCGCAUUCGUAUGGCUGCCUUCCCACCCAGUGCAAGCGGAAAAGGGAAGACCCGUUACGCUGCUAGUAAGUAUAAAACGAUUGAAAUACUUGCGAAUGGCGGUUCUGCAUUAGUCGAAUGGAGGCUAGAAACAGGGCGCACCCAUCAGAUUAGGGUUCAUGCAAAGUACCUCGGCGUCCCUCUGCUGGGAGAUGAACUUUAUGGGGGAACUAAGGGCAUGGCUACUUCUUCGAUUCUGCCUAGGGUUCCAACCAGUUUUCAUGGCAGCCUUCAACGAUUGAUUUCGUCUGUACUGGAAAGGCCUUGCCUCCAUGCUUUUUCUCUGGGAUUUAUUCACCCAUACACUCUGGAGAACAUGCAUUUCUCUAGAUUGCCUCCUCCAGAUUUUGCUGAAAUUUUGAACCAGUUGCGCGAGAUUAGCACCAUCAAGGUUACUUAGAAUUAGAGGAGGGCCUUCAAGUAUUCCAUAGAUAGUUCGAUCUGUCAAUUUUUCAGCAAUGUGCACAUAUCUUUCGGUUAAACUAAAAUUAACGUUUACGUAAGAAGUUAAGAACUCCCAUGCUAACUUUGUAAAUUCUAGUUUCAUUCCAUUAACAAG